GGCAAUUAUAUUGGCCCUGAGCUGGUCGAUGACGAGGACAAAGAUGUUGCAGAGGAUGAUGAGCCUGCAUUUUCCUUUGUUCCUGCGUCAGAAAAUGAAGACAUGGAUGCUGAUCAUGCCGGUCCAUCAAUUGUACUCCACGAAGACAAGAAAUACUAUCCUACAGCUGCUGAAGUAUUUGGUGAAGGCGUGGAAGCACUCGUCCAGGAUGAAGACACUCAGCUUCUAUCUGAACCCAUUAUUGCCCCACAAAAGAUCAAAAAGACAUUUAUCCAUGAAAAGGAUUUACCAGAAACCAACUACAAGAAAGAAUAUCUGGCAGAUCUUACUGGAUUUCCUGACUUGAUUAGAAAUGUUACAAUUAUGGGCCAUCUUCACCAUGGAAAAACGCUUUUUAUGGACAUGAUGGUUGAAGAAACUCAUACUGUGGAUUGGAGUCUUUCAAAGAAUGAGCGAUACACUGAUGUUCACGAACUUGAACGUACGCGAGGACUUUCCAUCAAAUCCAUGCCGCUCUCCUUGGUUCUUCAAGAUCUCAAAGGAAAAUCUCACUUGCUCAAUCUCAUGGAUACUCCUGGUCAUGUCAAUUUCUCCGACGAGGUCACCUGUGCUCUUCGAAUUUCAGACGGUGCUGCUAUUAUUGUAGAUGCCGUUGAAGGCGUGAUGGUUAAUACAAGGCGGCUGAUUGAGCAUGCUGCCUUUGAAAAGGUGCCCAUGGUUUUGGUGAUCAACAAAGUAGAUCGUCUUAUUAUGGAGCUAAAACUUCCUCCUACUGAUGCCUAUUUUAAACUGCAACACACAAUUGAGGAAGUCAACAGUAUUAUGUCUGAACUAUCACUUCCUCGACUGUCACCAGAACUUGGAAAUGUAUGUUUUGCAUCAAGUAUGAUGGGAUGGUGCUUUUCGCUCGAGUCUUUUGCACAGAUUUACAGCCAGUCUGCCAGUGAGGAUUUUGAUGCACACGAGUUUUCUCGCAGACUUUGGGGAAAUGUCUUUUUUGACAAAAACAAGCGUACAUUCUGUCGUCGAUCUACUGAGGAUGCACCUACCCGUACGUUUGUACACUUUAUUCUAGAGCCACUGUACAAGCUUUACUCGCAGGUGAUUGGAGAAAAUCCUCAGACUCUAAAAGCCUCGUUGGCAUCUGUUGGCAUCCGCCUUAAGCCCUCUAUAUUAGCUAUUGAUGUGAAGCCUCUUUUGAGAACUGUCUGCCAGCAAUUUUUUGGAAAUAUUAAUGGGUUUGUACAAAUGUGUUUGACUCACCUGCCUAGUCCUGUUGCUGGUGCUUCGCUCAAGCUGGAAAAGGCAUAUACUGGCUCUACAACAAGUAAAUAUAGCGAUGCCAUUCGAGCAUGUGAUCCCAAUGGACCACUGAUGAUCCACAUUGUAAAGCUAUACAAUGCCGAUGAUGUUACUACAUUUGAUGCAUUUGGUCGCGUUAUGAGUGGAACAGUAUCAACGGGUCAGCGUGUUCGUGUUCUUGGAGAGGGAUAUACCCCUGACGAUGAUGAGGACAGCAGUACGCAAGAAGUUGGUGCUAUUUCAAUCUACGAGUCCAGAUAUAAACUCAAGGCGGCAUCUAUAACUCCUGGUAACUGGGUUUUGCUGAGUGGCGUGGAUGCAUCUAUUAUCAAAACAGCUACAAUUACAGACAUGGACAAUGAUGAAGAUGAUCCAGUACACAUCUUUAAACCACUUCGGUUUAACACCGAGGCAGUGCUAAAAAUUGCCAUUGAACCUGUCAACCCAACCGAGCUUCCCAAGAUGCUGGAUGGAUUGCGUAAAAUUUUAAAAAGCUAUCCAAUCGUGCAAACCAAGGUGGAGGAAUCUGGGGAGCAUAUUAUUCUUGGAACUGGCGAGCUGCACUUGGACUGUGUUCUUCACGAUCUACGCAAACUCUACUCUGAAGUAGAAAUCAAGGUUGCUGAUCCAGUUGUGCGAUUCUGUGAAACUGUUGUCGAAACAUCGUCAUUAAAAUGUUUUUCUGAAACCCCCAACAAAAUGAACAAAAUCACUAUGAUUUGUGAGCCACUAGAAAGGGGCAUUGCUGAAGACAUUGAAAAUCUGGCAAUCAAUGUAAACUGGCCAGCCAAGACUCUAGGCGAGCACUUUGUCAAAAAAUAUAGCUGGGAUGUUCUAGCCUCGAGAAGUAUUUGGGCAUUCGGUCCAACUGAUACUGGACCCAAUAUUCUUGUGAAUGAUACUCUUCCUUCAGAGACAGAUAAAGCUAUGCUUUUUUCAAUCAAAGACUCGAUUCGGCAAGGUUUUCAAUGGAGUACUCGCGAGGGACCUUUGACAGACGAGCCCAUUCGUAAUGUCAAAUUCAAGAUCCUUGAUGCUACGAUUGCCAAUGAACCUCUUUUUCGAGGAAGUGGUCAAAUUAUCCCUACUGCUCGUCGUGUCUGCUACUCUUCGUUUUUAAUGGCAGCUCCUCGACUUAUGGAGCCCAUUUACUAUGUGGAAAUUCAAUCCCCUGCUGACUGUGUUCCUGCUAUUUACACCGUUCUUGCUCGGAGACGUGGACAUGUUACCCAGGAUACUCCUAAACCUGGAUCACCUUUGUAUACAGUCAAGGCGUAUAUUCCUGUAAUUGAUUCUGCUGGGUUUGAGACCGACUUGCGUACACACACCCAAGGCCAGGCAUUCUGUCAACAAAUCUUUGAUCAUUGGCAGAUUGUUCCUGGUGAUCCACUGGACAAGUCGAUUACUUUGCGUCCCCUAGAGCCAAGCCAAGCUCAGCACCUGGCUCGUGAUUUUAUGAUCAAAACACGUCGGCGUAAGGGACUCAGCGAAGAUGUAGCCAUCACCAAGUUCUUUGAUGAUCCCAUGCUGAUUGAACUUGCCAAGGCUGAAGGGGAAAUUCUUUUGCGAUAAAUUUGGUGUUUAUCAAAUGAAAUUCAGUGACUCUUU